ACUCUUCAUUCUUACAAAAAUCAUUUCCUUCAACCUCCCCCCUUCUUUUUCUCCUCUCUUUUUGACUCCCAAAUCUUACACAAACAACACCUCAACAAAUAAUCAUUUCUUUUCACCUUUCUUGAUUCUUGUCCUUUGCCAUCUACCUUAUAAAUUUUUCCCUCUUUAUAUACAACUAUUGACAACACUAGAAAAAUAUCAAGAAAGCUAAAAAAAAAAUAACCAAAAUGGCAGUGGAUGUAUGUUCUGAGAUUGCAAGUUUAGUGGUUAGUCCAAGAAUCUCAUUUUCUCAUGAUCUUAAAGAAAAUGAUGAUAUUAUACCAAUUGAAUGCCACCAUUUUAGAUCAGAUGCAUUUCUUCUUGAAUCUACCAUUGACUUUGAUUUUUGUGUUACAAAUCAAAGCUUUUCUCAAGAAAAAAUCUCUUCUGCUGAUGAACUUUUCUCCAAUGGCAAGAUCUUACCAAUUGAAGUCAAGAAAUCAACACCCUUUAUAGAAAUUAAACAAUCCGAGCCACAACAACAACUACGCCUCGGUUCUAAUCAAGUUGGGUUCGGCUAUAUGUUUGAGCCGCAAUCUUUACUACAACAACAAUUAUGUCUCAGUCCUAAACAAGUUAGGGUCGGCUAUAUGUCUGAGCCGCAACCUUUACAACAACAACAAUCUGAGCAACCACAACAACAACAACUACGUCGCCAUCCUAAACAAAUUGGGAUCGGCUAUAAGUCUGAGCCGCAACCUUUACAAAAUAAAGCUGCAGCAUCAGUUCUUGAAAAUGGUACAAAUGUGGAUACAAAGAAGAUGAGGUUAAAAGAAUUUUUGUCAAGUAAUUGUGAUGAAGAAAUAGAGAAGCCACAAGCAAAACCAUUUUGGCAAUUCAGAAGAAGUAAUAGUUUGAAUUGUGAAAAUGGUAGAAGCAAUGGAUUAAAAUGGUCAUCUUUGCAAUUUCUAUCAAGAAGUAACUCAACUGGUUCAGCUCCAAAUCAAAAAAAUUCAAAGAUUUUUCAAAAGCAAAAUUCACAAAAGGAACAAAUUAAAGUUCUGCGCAAGAGCUCAUCUUUAUCUUCAUCAUCUUCAUCUUCAUCAUCUUCUUCUAGUUUUUCAUCUUUUAAUCAGAGCCAUUCAUUACAUUCCUCAUCUAAGAGGGCUCAAUCUCAACCGUUGAAGAAGAGUUACAGUAGAUCUUAUGGCAAUGGAAUUCAUGUUAGUCCUGUUUUGAACCUUCCACAUACUUAUAUUUCUAAAGGUACUGUUUGUUUAUUUGGUUUAGGUUCAUUAUUCUGUAAUGGCAAGUCCAAAAAGAAGAAAUAAUUUUUUAUUUCUGCA